GGCCGGCUCUGGGGCGGGGCUGUCCCCUCACAGCGCCGCGCAUGCGCCUCUCUCAGCCAUUGGGCCGGGCAGCGCCCGUCACGGCUGCGCACGCGGCCGGGGUCCCUUUCCCGCGGAAGGGUUGCCAUGGCGGCGCGGUUGGAGCUGGGGCGGCUGGCGCAGGAGGCGGCGGCGCUGGCGGGCGCGGUGCGCGGCGCCCUGGGCCCGCGGGGCGGGCGGGCGCUGCUGGUGCGGCCCACCGGCGAGGCGCUGCUCACGCGGGACGGGCGGCGCCUGCUGGAGGCGCUCAACCUGGAGCCGCCGACGGCCAGGAUGAUGGCGGCCUGCGCCUGCAGCCAUAGCGCCGCGACGGGGGACGGCGCCAAGACGUUCGUGGUGUUGCUGGCCGGCGUGCUGAGCGGCCUGCGGGCAGCGGCCGGCGGCGGCGGCCUGCGGUGGGCGCUGCGCGCCUUCGAGGCGCAGGUGCUGGAGCGGGCGGUGGCGCAGGGCCUGCGGGGGCACCUUCUGUCCGCGCUCCCCGGGCGGCAGGCGGAGGCGGAUGGGGGCGCCCUGGAGGCGGUGCUGGAGGCCUACCUGGGCGGCCGGCUGGGCCCGGGCGAGCGGCGGCGCCUGGCGCGGCUGUGCUGCGAGUACUGCCGCCGCUGCGCCCCGGCCGCCGCCUCUCGCCCGCAGGUGCUGCGCCUCCUCGGCCGCCGCUUCGCGGAGCUGCACGCCGCCGUGGCCGGCCUCCCCGUGGCGAGCUCCAGGGUCCUGCCCGGGCUCGUCCUCCGCAGGGACUUCGCGGCCUACUGCCCGGCGGGCGGGGACCUGCGGGCCGUGCUGGUCACCGAGCCCCUCCGGCCCGCGCUCUCGGCCCCCGGCGUCGAGUUUGUUGUCGACUCCGAGGGUCGGUAUCAGGCCUCCCUGCGCUGGAUCUCGAGGAGGACAGAAGCCUUAAUGAAACACUUGCAGAGCAACAACGUUAAGCUGUUACUGUCGAGUGUGAAGCAAGAGGAAGUAGUUAUCUACCACGCAAAAUUAUACGGCGUAUCCGUGGUAGAGUGCUUAUCGUCGGAAGAAAUUGCCCUUAUCUGUGAAAUCACAGGACUCUCGCCUUAUACACCUUUUGGUGGUAACAUAGACAGAGAAAUCACUGAAGCUGCAGUGGCAACGUUUUGCCAGCCCUUGCUGCUCGGCUCAAAGAGAUGCGUCCACGUUGGCUUCACCAGUGUGUGCGCCUUUCAGCCUCAUUGCCUGAUUCUUUGUGGGCCAGUCGAUGGUGUUAACGAGCAACAUGCUGCUGCUUUACAAGGGGCGUUUACAAUGCUGCAGCAGCUAUUUAAAACAGUUGAUCAGAGGGAGCGAUGCAAAGCAGAAGGUGAAAGUCAGAAUGAAGCCGCUGAUGUUUGCAGCUGGCAUUCUUCAGCUACUGAGCAGCAGCUUGUAAUAGAAAACAUUGUUUGUAACAGUGAUCAGGUUUCUGAACGUCAACUGAAGAUGCAUAGGGAUGAAACAGAGACACAGAUUGUAGACCCUGACUUGCAGAGAAGUGAAAAUUCAACAGGUGUGCAAACAAACUUGCAAGUACUCUCAAAUCCCCUCUCACACAUCAAAGAAUUAAAUGUUUCCACUGAAGGAAAUGACUCUUCAAGAGAUGUACAGAAACCACAUGCAAAAUGCGAGCAUGUGGGUGACAUGCACGAGAACUAUAAAAGUGAUUCACUUGUGGACAAUCAAAAGAAUUACAGUACUGCUGCAUCAGCAGCACAGAGUGCUAAUAUAGUCACUGCAUGUGAACGCCUAGAUGUUGGCAAAGAUCUAGAGAAAACAAGUUGCAAUAUAGUCCCAUUUAAACAUAAAAAGAGUUGUGCCCAGAGACCUAUCGUGCUUCUUUCCUCUGAGAAGAAAAGGAAGAAAAAGGCUGACCAGCUGAGAUUUGUGGAAAACCAGGUGGUGAACGGCACAAACGUAAGGUUUCAAACACGAGAAAGCGUAGCUGAUUUCCACUGCAGACGAUCUGCGGAGCCUUUUCCAUCCACGUGCAGAGCAUCCUAUGUACGUUCUAGCCAAGGGGGAACUUUGCCUCUCUUGGUGCUUUUGAGUAUUUAUGCAAGUUAGAUGUGAUUAGUUUUCCUGGCACGUUAAAAGUUGCUGGUAUGACAUGAGCUAUUGAACUUGCAAGUUGCAAGCAAGGGGGUUUUUUUAGCCUUCAUAAUAGGCUGGAUUGAAUGUUAUUUAAAAUACUUUUUUUUUUUAAAAUACAUUGUGCGAAACAUUCACACAGGCAGUAAUACAGUUUUGUGUGAAAAACCUGAGACAAUGUUUCAGUUCAGACUUUGAUCAUUUGGGAUUUUAUUCUGGGGUAGGUUGGUUUGGUUUUUCUUUUAUUCUUUUUAUCUUCAUGGGAUUUUCACCCUAAUACAAUUUGCUUUAAGUUCAGUAUCACCUGGAUGUCAAUAUACCUCUUUUUCUGCUGUGUCUUAGAAACUUCUGGUUUGGUGUGGGAGGUUUCUGAGUACCUGAACAGCUGCAGCUGAUAAUGGUGUCACAUUGGGUCUCUGUGUGCCAUGGCCAGUAUUGCAUAAUACUUAGAAUAACUGGAUUAUAUUUUUUUAAUCUGCCCUUAAAUAAAAUUUAGUGAGGAUAUUUAAAAUCAUAGACACAAAUCAUGUUUAUCUGCUAUACCUGGGAUGAUUACAACUGGAAAUCAGAUUUUUUCCCUAUUAAUUUAUGCUGUUGCUUUCCCUUUUUCAGUUUCUUCAGAAGAGUAUCUACUAAAGUUGUUUCAGGUGUUUUGGCAGCAAUGCUUUGUUUGACUACAAAUGUCUGUUGAAAGUUUACAUAUACUCUUGAUAAUAUAAAACAUUGUAGUCAAGAUUAUUUUUUUCCCCUAAUACACUCUUACAGACAUCUGCAUACGGAAAACAGUGAAACUCAUUGUUCGCUGGAGUGAUUUCUUUAAAGAAGGACUGGGGACAGUCAUUUUUUCUGUUCGUAGAAUCAUUUUUGGUGGUUGUGAAGGGGAGAAUUAAAACACAGAGGAGAGGAAAGAAAAUUAUAUUUCUGCUGUUUCAGCACGCUUUCAGUAGCUGCUUAGUGCGACAGGUCCAGUCCGAGCGAAGAGAAAUCUCCUCGGGGCUGCUCGGGAGCUUCCACCAGCCCUGGAAUUUCAUCAAGCACUUUGGUUCUGUAUUUUAACUUUGUAAUGAGCUGCUGAGGCAGUUUUGCUCUUGUACAAGUUUCUGCAUACUCUCUUCAAACUGCUGACCAACUUGCUGGCCAAAGAUUAAUGAUUUGCUUCGUGGUAGGCUAACAACUGCGGCGCAGAGCGCGUGAAGCCUGGCAGCAGUGGGGGUUGUCUGCAGAACCUGCCUUUGUAUUCUGAAGCUAGGUAUUCUUUAAAUAGAGGUAAAAUAAAGAGAAUACUGUAUCAUUUCACAUUAUUUUAUACCAUUUGCACAUCUGCAGACUUUCAGAUUUACUGCAGUUCCUUGAAAAAGGUUAAAAUUACUUCGUUAUACAAAUGGUCUUCUAGGAUGUCUGAUUUAAAUUGUGUCAUUCGUAUUGAGAAGUCCAAAAAUUUUAUCAUAUACAAGCCUCAUUUUUGUAUGCGAGGGAUACAGGGGAGAAUUUAAAAAUGAUAAUUAUAUAAUUAUAUAAAACUUCUUUUUCUGACCUGUUUCUGGUGAAACCACUCAAGUCUGAAGGUUCAUGGGGUCAGGCGCUAUAUUUCAUUGACCUCUCUGUCCUUUUAUACUUUGCGAAGUAUUGGUGUUCCCCUUUGAACUACUGAUUCCCUGUGUUGUGUGGAGAACUGAGAACAUGGCACGUCUUUCCCUUGGACAGGAAUGUCCCCUCUUUGUCCUGGACUGCUGGGGUGAAUGCUUGUUCAAGACACGGCUGUUUCGUUUCCAGUCCUGGAGUCUAAGCGCAUUACGAGAUGUGCACUGGCUCAAGGGAAAUAAAAGGCAUUAACUCAGUCUUUGGGGAGAAGAGCAGAUUUACUCCUGGAUUCAAUUCUUCCUUAGCUUUAGGAGUCUUCUCCAGUAAUUAGCCUGGAGGUGUAAUCAUGACCUAAUCUUAGAAAAUAUUUUGAGAUCACUGCUGUCCCACCUGCUCCUUGAGCGAAAGGCUGUUUGUAGCGCUGAGCAGGGGCGGCAGCCUGUGUUCUGGGCUCGGCUCAGGUGCUGUCGGUGCUGUUUGUCCUCUGCUGAUGUUCCUGACCCGCUUCAGCAGCUGCCCCCCCGGUUGCAGAGGCUGCGGUUACCCAGGCACCCUGCUCAGGCUCUCACUGCUCCUUCGGACCCAAGCCUUAGGUACGCAGUUAUUCAUGACGUCUUGUAGCUAUCCCAAAUUUUAAAGCUAUCUAGAAAUGUAACUUGCCCUUUGACAGGUGACAUGGGGACGAUUCUAAGAGUGAUCUCUUGGCGUAGUGGCAGGGACAAAGGGGUUACCUGGGGCAACUUGGAAGAGUAUGUUUACUCAGUCAAAACUACGGGGAGCGGUAUGUUUGGGCAUGUGCUAGGGUUGUAAAAGGCUAUGUUAUUUUUUUUCCUUGCACUCUUUCCCAGAGAUUAUGUCUAUUUUGUGCUAUGAUCCUAUGAUUUUUAUAUUUCUAAAUAGGAAUUGGCCUCCACACAAGGUGAAAAUCAAGUGCAUGUGGGCAUGUUUGUAGACUCAGGUCCAAACUUGAAAUAUGAUGUGAAGUACAGGGAUACCAGUGGUAAUAGUCUAAAACUAAAAGAAUGGUUUUAGCAAAUCUUGAUGUUUAACUCUCCUUUCUGCAACCUCUAGCACACCUAUAUUUUACCAUGCAUGAAAUUCGUCAGAAUAUUUUGAAGGCACUCACCCCAGCCACAAGGAAUGUAGGUGUAUUUUAAGCAAGGUAAUCCAGGUAGCAGAUUCACAUAUAUAGGCAGGUAGUGGUUUAGGUUUUUUUAAAUUUAAAAAAAAAAGUUUCAAACCCCAUAUGUAGUAAUGUACAGUGAGACUAGAGAAUGAACCUGUGUCCUGCACACAGCUCUUGGGAAUAAGCUGUUUACAUGACAAGCAUUUUUAUGUGUUGAUUUGGGUGGAGGUCGAGUCUCAACAGACUUUCGAGGUGCUGGGACCACAGGGAGACAGCCCCCGUUCUCCGGCGCUCCUCCAGCUGCCUUUCCCCAUUGCCUGACCCCGGCAGCUCCGCACCUUCCCAGGCCCUUGUCGUUGAUCUCCGGCGACACCAGCUCCCUGCUCACCAAACGCUUAUUGCUUAACUUGUGCGGUAGAAGUUAUGCAACCUAAAUAUGGCCUUAAAUUUUAAUCCACGCUUAGUUGAUUGCCAGCCUUCAGCCUUUUUUGCAGCUAUACAGACAGGAUUGCUAAUAGGAACCACUUGCAACAAAGAAUAUUAUUCUGUUGCAUCACAAAUCACACACGACUGAAUCACAUUUGCAAGAGGGAGAAGGGGAAUGCAAUAUUUUGUUUAAAAGCAUGACUGUAUAGUGGCAUAACACUAGUAAUUUUAUAUUGUUUCUGUUGUUAUCUUUGGAACAGAGUCCACAGGUGGGUGAUUAAUCAUACCAUGUGGGAAGAUUAAGGAAACUUAAAUUCUUCACUUGCAUAUAUCUCCUGGGCUUCACUAGAAUUGCAUUCAUCUGGGCCUGGACUUCAUUUGCUUUUUGUUAUGUAACGAAUCUGCUAUUAGCGGUAGAUAUUUCCAUUUUUGAUUACUAAAUUUAUUUCUAUGCUUCUUUAGGUUAAUCUCUCCCCUUGUGUCUUUUUUGGCGAGGUUCUUUUAAAUGCCAUGUUAAGAGAGAAACUAUUUCAAUGUUCAGUUGCAAAUAUCUCUUCAGUUAAAUUAUCUUGAAAUCUAAGAAACAUUUUUUUGUCACCAGUAAAACCAAAGAUUAAAUACUUGCUUUAUUUACUAUGCUAUUUAUCGCAUUAUUACUAUUAAGACUGAACAAAUCAAGAGAGUAAUGUCUGAAUUUAUAAACAGUAGCUUUGGAAAUGUGUUGGCUGUAAUUAACACAAUUAUAAUUUUGCAGUAGCAUUUUGUGUAAGAUGUCAUUUGUAUUCUGUUAGUGAAACUAGAAAGAAAUGUUUGGAUCCGGGAUUAUACAAAUUACUUCCCUCUGAGAAUAUUAAACUAAGAAUUACUUCCAGGAAUAAGAAUUUUAAUUUUUAGCAUUCCAAAACUAAAACUAAUGUUAGCAAAAAUGUAAUAGAUUUAAUAUAUAGUAGCUCCUUCUUCAUUUUAUGAUUCAGUUGAAGACUAGACUUCGGAAGCAAUGCUUAUUCCUGUGAUAGAGCAGUGCCCUCUUUAAAAAAACACUCCUGACAAAAAGAAUGCAAAAUAGUUUUCCAUAAGAAAACCAUUCCUGCUGGUUUAGCAGACAGUUUAUUUCUCAUGAAAUCACCAGCAGAUAAAAGAACUGUUACACUGAGACUUUGGUUCAGUGCGGAAUUAAGGGCACAUCAGUAAUAUUGCUUCCAGCGUGGCUGCGUCCUAAACCACCUUCAGCAGAGCUCACUAUAAAAGAUAUUAUUUCCAUUUAAGAGAUUUUAAAAAGGUAUUGUUUUACUGAACAGAAUCUCUAACCUGUUCUUAUUUUGAGAUUCCCAGUAAAGCAAUCCAGCAUGGUGAUCUUUCUUUUCAUAAUAAUCAUGACCUGCUUUCAGUGGGUGUCUUCAUUUUCCAGGCUAAGCAUCUGAUUAAAUAUUACCUUAAAAUGUAAAUGCAGAGAGUGAACACAUGGCAGGGAUUUCUCUGCGUGUGUGGGGAAAAAGCAGCUCCAGAUGAGAGUUACGUCCAUUGAGAUUUUAACAUUAGGCUUGAUACGUGUCUGGUAUCGUGUAUGAGGAUUAUAUUUAGGCUUCUGGAGCAAUGAAAGUCAUUGUAGAAACUGCUGGAUUAUAUUCAUAAGGCAAAUAAACUGCAUGGCAUCCGUUUCCUAAAACCAGAAAUACUCUGAGUCUCUCGAUUACUGGUGCAGUACUGAAAAAAUACAGAAUAGUUACACAGUGCUGCAAAACAAACAAAAAAAUGUAACCAAUGUUAACUGUAUUAGAGAUGUUUAUUGACAUGUGUGGUUUUUUAAUUUGCUGGUGUUAGUACAGUCCUGAGGACCAGUGCUCCUGCUGCAGGGCUGCUGCUGCCGUUCUGUCGGUACCGGAGUAGCUCUGCCCCUCCGCUCUAGCAGUCAUCUGUUGCCUCACUUUUCAGCUUUUCUAGUACGCGUAGCUUCGAGUAAUCUGUUGUUUCAGUGUGACUGGUGCAUUUUGAAUUCAUAGAACAAAAUAAAGGGCAGCUGAUUUAAUUUUGUGAUUGAUGAAUUAGUGUAUGUGAAACCUU